GCAGUAGUUGAAUUGAAAUGCUUGGUGCAUUCUUGUGUUGAGGGAGAAGCGAGCAGUCCUCCUCGGAUCCGCGCGGUUGUGAUCCAGCCUCUCCGCACAGAAACGCUCGCGUCGCGUGCAAACACGCAGCGUUCACUUCAGUCCCAUCUGAAUUUUCGGAUGGAAGCUGCCACCGGGGAUCCUUCUUGCACCCUCGCGGCUCCGUGAGCUGGGUUGAUUUGUCCCCCCCUCUUCCACCACCUCCUCCUCCUCCUCCUCCUCCUCCCUCUGCGGAGCAUCCGCCGCGCACAGAGUUGCAUUUGGAGAGAACGCGCGGGACACAAACAGCGAUCCUCAAAGGUGAGCAGUGCUGUGGCUGUUCAGGCUAAACGCUCGACUGAAGAACACAAAAUGUCUGCUGCAGACAUCAGACCACUUCUCCUUGCACUCCUCCUCCUCCCUGCCUCGGUCUGGAGCCAACAGGUGCCCACGAACUGCGUGAUCAAGAGGGAGCAGGAGAAAUGCAUGGAAAUGAUGGAAUCCGACGAUCCGGGGAACGAUCCAGAAUUCGGUUGUCCGUGGAUGUGGGACAACCUGACGUGUUGGCAGCCGGCCCAGAUCGGCGAGGUAGUCGAGGUCAACUGUCCAGAGCUCUUCUCUCAGUUCAUCAGCGAGGAAGACUACGAGGUUGGGAAGGUGAGCCGGAACUGCACUGAGUUUGGUUGGUCAGAAACUUUCCCUCAUUACAUCGACGCCUGUCUGUAUGAGGAAGGAAACAGCAGCCAUCCGGACAUGUACUAUGUGUCGGUGAAGGCUCUGUACACUGUGGGCUACAGCACCUCACUGGUCUCCCUCACCACAGCCAUGGUCAUCCUGUGCAGGUUCAGGAAGCUGCACUGCACCAGGAACUUCAUCCACAUGAACCUGUUCGUGUCGUUCAUCCUGAGAGCUAUUUCUGUCUUCAUCAAAGACGGCGUGUUGUACGCCAAAGAGGACAGCGAGCACUGCUUCAUACACACGCUGGAAUGUCGGGCGGUGAUGAUAUUCUUCCACUACUGCGUCCUCUCUAACUACUUCUGGCUUUUCAUCGAGGGGCUUUACCUCUUCACUCUGCUCGUCGAGACCUUCUUCCCCGAAAAGAGAUAUUUCUACUGGUACAUCAUCAUUGGCUGGGGGACCCCCACGGUGUGUGUGACCAUCUGGGCUGUGCUGAGGCUGCACUUUGAUGAUAUCGGGUGUUGGGACAUGAAUGACAAUGCUGCCAUCUGGUGGGUGAUAAAGGGACCUGUGCUGGCUUCCAUCAUGAUCAACUUUGUCCUCUUCGUCGGCAUCAUCAUCAUCCUCGUCCAGAAGUUACAGUCCCCAGAUAUCGGAGGAAAUGAGUCCAGCAUUUACCUGAGGUUGGCUCGCUCCACGCUGCUCCUCAUUCCUCUGUUCGGGAUUCACUACACGGUGUUUGCCUUUUCCCCCGAGAACGUCAGCAAGCGCGAGCGUCUGGUGUUUGAGCUCGGACUCGGCUCCUUCCAGGGCUUCGUGGUGGCCGUCCUCUACUGCUUCCUGAAUGGAGAGUAUAUCCCUCAAGGUGCAAUCGGAGAUCAAGAGGAAAUGGCGCAGCUGGACGGUGAACAGGUACUUUGCUGUGGACCUGAAGCACCGGCAUCCUUCGCUGGCGAGCAGUGGAGUGAACGGGGGAACACAGCUGUCCAUCCUCAGCAAGAGCAGCUCGCAGAUCCGCAUGUCCAGCCUGCAGGCCGAGACCCCGGCCACCUGAGCGGCGCCGCCGGGGACGCCGCGCCCGCAGCCAAGCCCGACAACGACAAAACCGCCGCGCCCGACCUCGUCCCGAUGACCAGCCUCACAAACCCCUUCCUCAACCCGUACCCGAACCCGUACCCGGACGACACCACGAUGGAGACCCAGCUCACCUCCAGCGACCCCGAACAGCCUCUAGUCUGACCUGCCUCACCCUGAAAUACGACCAAACCUGAUCUCCAUCAGGUGCCAAAUACGGAAACCGCCGCCACCACGUGACCUGACCUCUGACCUCGCUCAUGUGCAGCUGGAGGGAAAACACACUUCGUCCUCCUGCUCCUGAGCGGAGGCUCACAGGGUGUGAAUGAGGAACCUGGUGUGUGUCUGUGUGUGUGUGUGUGUUUUAUUGUUGAGCUGAUGCAUAGAUGUUUGUGUAAGUGUUGAAACAGAGGGACCAGUUUACUGCUGUGUGUGUGUGUGUGUGUGUGUGUGUGUGUGUGUGUGUGUGCGUGUGUGAUCAUUCCAGUUAAAAACAUUUUCACCCCGACCUCAACACAAACUUUACUCUAUAUUUAUAAACCGUUACCGGUCGAUGAAUCGCAGCUGCUCUUCUUUUUUUAAAAACUAAAUUCAUCGAAGACACAAUUUGACUCGUUGUAGUAAUUUUAAAGCAACGUUCCACAAUUAUUCCGAUCGGCUCGUGGAAACCGUCGUAUAACAACGCCGUCGUCCAUGUUUGAUAUUUUGGCUUCUAUGGUCCCAAAUUGCAGAACUAAAAAGAAAGAAAGUUUAAAGCGAGGUGAUGAACCCUAAUGUACAGAUGUAUCUUAAAUGAGUUCAUAUUUUAAAGGAGAGCGAGGACUCGCGCUCACAUCAGUGUUAAAGACGGACAUUUUUUAUUAUCAGUGUUACCGAGAGCGGCUGAAGAAGAAGAAAACGGUCGCCUGCUUUCGUUUUCUAAAAUCAUUUUUAAACGUCCGCCGCUCUCUCGAUGUACAGAAAACGUGAAUGUGUAUCGUUACCUGCUACUGACACAAGCCUGUGUAUCAUGUGACUGACAAACAAAAACAAACAAAGGCUUCUGGAGACGACAAAGACUGAGGAAUGUUGAGGGUGGAAACACGGAAAACACAGCAUUUACGAUGAUGAGGACAUAUUUUGUACCAUUAAUGUGAAAUGCCAAAAAAACAAGAAGAAGAAAGGGUUCAUAGCAGGGUUGGACGUGUCUUCUUUGGAUGUACGUGCAUCACUGGAGGUUUCUCCCUCUCCUUUUUGCCGCCGACCACAAACACAAUCUUUUGUGGUUUUAAAAACAGCCGUUCGUACAGAAAAUGUCAAUGAAAACCAACUUGCAUGGAGCUGCAUUUAUUGUCCACAUUGUUUUGCUGUUUUGCUUAUUUUGUUUUGUGUGUUUUAGUGAAAAAGGGCUGUUGGAGAGGCGUCGCGCUGUAAAACGUCAGCCUCUUAAACAGCCUCACACUGGCCAGAGUAAAGGUGUAGGAUGUAUCUGAAACAUCACCGCACUUAUUAUAUAAAAGGACGGAUUUUAACAGAUUUUUCUCCUUUUUGAUUUGAAAACUCCGUUUUCAACAAACCCCCUCACGUUGACCUGUGUUUCUGCAGAUAGAACCCACGUCACUUUUUAAAGGGUGACGUAAUAAUUCUCAUUCCAAAGACGGAUUCAUUUGUUUUUGUUUUAUCUGUUUGCAAAACGAUGUCACUGCAGUUUUUUUUAUUCUCCCUCGACUCUGAACCCCCGAACACGAUUCUAUAGUUUGUGUCUCCAAAAAGUGCCUUGAAGCACAAUGCAUCGAGUAUUUUUCACUUUUGUUGACAAUUUAAAAAAAAAAACGGCAACUGCAAAGUAAAAGAAUAGGGAAAAAAAGGGUUUGACAAAGUGCUUUUAUGAUGCUUAAGACUAAAUCAAGUGUUUUUAAACUCGGAGGCCUUCAAAGUCCUUUAACUCACCUUUGUUAAAGACGUGCGGAAAAUGCGACGACAGGUUAGUGUUUUUAAUAAUAAUAAUAAAGCAGUGCUACUGUACAUUUUACUUGUGACGUCAUUGUACAGUUCACUCGUUCACAUACACAUGAAAAGGGAAAAUUACUGGAGUGUAACAAAAAAACCUUUGAGCUGCUGUUAAAUGUUUUCAAACUAUUUCACAGGAAGUCCUUUUGGUUCCGUUGUGUUCUAAGCGUCUGAAACUGGAACCGAAAAACUCCAAAAACCAACAAACGUGUGGACUUUUACGCCUGUUUAGUGUUAUAAUGUAGAUAAAUGUUCACUUUGUAGCCAUUUACACGCAAAAAAACAACAAACGCCAAUAACCUGAAGUCCUGAAUACGACAAAAACUUCACUUUAAAUUUUAAGAAUAAGAAAAUCGAAUUUUUUGAAUAAAUAUUGAGCUAUUAUUUAUUAAUGCUUUUUUUUCUAUUUUAUACUAUAUUUUUAUCAGUGUCAGUGAUUCAUUUAAUUAGUGUGUGUGUAUUUUUUUUAAUUUCUUUUUUUUAAAUUGACAGUUCAACAUCUCACUUCUGGGCCUUAUCAACAAAUGGAUCAUGCUCUGAUGUCUAAAAGCUUAGAUUUCACCCAGUUUGAGCUUUUUAAUGCGACGGAGUAUUGGGGCCACAAUUGAGGGGGGAAAUUUUUUUUAUUUAUUUAUGAGAAUUGAAUGGCUCAUUAAAUCAGAGAGAACAAAGUCGUAAUAAUCUAACCUGUUGUUUUACAAGAGGAGAGCAAGAAAACGCAUCUUUUCCGCAGAAAGAACCGGGCGGACUUGGAGGAAAUGGCUGCUUUUGUGGAAGGGGAAAUAGCUGGAACUGGUCGGCUGCAGGGUUAUCGGUGGAUAAAGUCGUACAUUUACAACUUUAAUCUCAUAAAUUUACGACUUUAAGUCUGUGAAUUUUUUCUUCUCGAUGUGGCCCUAAUAGUCCUUCGUACUUUAACACCUUUGAAAAUCAAAAAGGUUCAAUGACAGACUGUCAACCUUUAUCAAAUGGUUGAUUUUUCUGUGUCAGUUUAGCAGAAAAUGUGGAUUUUCAACUUUAAAAUUGAUUCUAUUUAUCACAAAAUCGGUCUCAUGUGUCACAGACAAGCAAUUAUCUGAUCAAAGGAGACAAUAAACAAGAAUAAUUAGUUAUAGAGGAAAUACAAAUGAAAGUGAGCUCUGUUUUAGUUUGUAUCGCUUGAAAUGAAUCCAACAAAGAUCUUGAAUGAACCUUCUUUUUUAAUGCUUCGACAACCGUUGACCUGCAAACGUUCAGACCCGUUCUUUGUGUGAGUCCAGAGAGAAAAGAAAGGGCUGACCGACCGGAAACUGUAUCGUCCCGUCCGUGAUUCAGUUCGACCUGCAAUAAUAACAGUGCAGAUCCGUCUCCCGUCCUGUGAUGUUGGAGGAAAAGGGCUGGACAAUCACCACCACCUCUGCUCCUGAUUCAGCUGAAUGUUAAAAUUCACUUCAUUAGGUAACACAGGAGACAAUCCCACCGGGUCACCACGUCACGAACCUCAGUCUGUCCAUGUGUUUCUGAAUUCUUUGCUCUGUGGUAUUAAAUAUGGGAGUUGGAGCCUUAUUAUUGCCAGUACUAUGUCGAUGUCAGACAAAGAUGUUGCCACUAUUGAAAUAUGAAGUAGUUAGAUGACGUGUUUGAAACUUUGUGACUAAAAAGACAGACUGAAGACGAAGCUGUCGUACCUUGUAAAUGAAGUUUCCUGUGGUUCAAAGUGAAAACUUGUGAUUGUUCUUAUAUUUUGUAUGCAUUUAUACUAUUUUUCUCUCUUUUUUUUGUUGUUGUUGUCGUUCUGGUGAUCGUGUUUGCUCUGAGUAUACAGCCUCUCCUGUAACGCAUCCGUACUCUACUUAAAACAGGCUGACGCAUGCAUGUGAAAUCCUUCUGAUCUUCAUUUCAGGUGUAAAUCACAAAGUGGGUGGGGGGGCGGAGCUUUCAGGCCGUUUAAAAGGGAAUCUGAGCUGUGAAUCCACGGUAACGGGUGGACAACGAGGCCAUUGAUAAGCUAGGACACUGACAGUGGGUUUCAACUGUGGACAAGUUAUUUAAUUGUAGCGUCAAAUACUUUUCCUUUGAAUGUUGAUCUUUCAGACAGGAGGGAAAGUAAAGUGCCAUAAAUCUGCUCUACUCUUAUUAUUGUUAUUAUUUACUGUACGUAUUGUUUUUGCUGCUUAACAUGGUCUGAUUUUGAUGGUUGUCGUAUCUGCUUCAUCGUGCCAGGGCUCGUCAGUGUACCGUGUACUGAUGAAUGCUGAAUGUAUAAGUAACUUAAAGCACUCUGCUGUGAGCCUGCUACUCUGUGCUCAUCAGCUCUUCUUUCUUCUUGUGUUUUUUUCCUCCUCAUUUGAUCUCGCUUUAGUGCACAGUGCAGCGUUUUGGUUUUGUUUUCAUGUGCAGGCUGUGCACAAAUGAGGUUUUUUUUUGUAUGUUAUGGAAGUAUCGACAUUAUUAAAUGUUUUUAACUUGUUGGCUCAA